UUCCCGCUGCCCGCGCGCAUCACGCGCCCGUCACUGUCGUCAUACCUCCCAAAAGCGCAGGUACCAUGUUCCAUUUCUUGGCGUGCCAACCACCAAUGUCAGACGGACAUUCACCCACUCCACUCCAUUACCACUCUUGUUCUCUCUUCUCUCUACAUCUCUCAUUGCCACACACCUACUGAGCACUUAUACAUGCACUCCCUGGCGCUCAUUGGCAUCGAGUCUGGAAAGUAGCAAUCUGAGACGUCCAGCGAACCACCAUUCGGUAGCACUAUAUAGAGCAUCAACCUGAACACCUCCGUCAAGUCUUCAACGCACAAUCAACUUAUAGACGAAUAAUAUUCGAGCCCACAGAACUCUAGCAUUAAUUAAUCUUUACCAGAAGCAUCUUAAUGGCGAACUUAUCGUACACAACCAAACUCAUUUUUUCAUAAUCACCCAUGAUUGCGGUAUAUGAAGUACCCGGGCACCAUACCGUGCGAGUUUCGGAUUCUAUGACCUUCAAGGAUGUGCCCUACAGAAUGAUUACAGAAGACUCCACUUAAAUUAGUUAAUAGAACCACUGUUCUGGCCAUUUCAUGGAAGUCUUUGCCCCAUCCAACUUAACGAGUGCCACAGCGGACAUCUCAUGUGCCAACAGUGACAUCUGUACAUGUAUGAAUCGAACGAGCCACCAUGAUUACACUACACAGACUACUCUCAUUGCCAGUAUGCAUAGCCUCCAUUUUCAUUGCCCAUUCCCUUGCUUCGCCAGCCGACGGCUUCAUCGAUACCUCUCAGGACGGUUCCAUCGACUACUCAAUCUCACUGACCGGCGGCGAAUCAUGCACCUCCAAGCAGCUCAAGCAGAUUCAAAGCGGCUUCCACGAAAUGAGUGUCCUCUUUGCAUCCGCUCAGAGUCCCGACUUCUCCCAGCAGGCCGAGCGCGACUUUUUCGGCAAGCCCGAUCAGAUCUUCAAUUACACUACCCUCAUCACCGAAAACCUGGCGCGCGCGGCCCAGUAUGCGAAUGCCAAGGGAGAUCGAACGCACAUGCCGGAUUUCCAUGUUCGGUGCGAUGAUCCGAACAAUAUAUGUAACCAAGGAAACGAGAAGGAUGGCAUGCACACCAUUUAUAAUAUUGCGAGUGAACCGCAUUUCAAUUUCUGCGAUGCGUACUUCAAGCUGGAUGCUUUGGAUGAUCGGAUAGGAAAAGACAGUGGAGAUGAUCAACAGCGAUUGAACUUAAUGUAUUACUAUAAUCGAGCAUCUUGGGCAAGAAUGGUUAUGCACGUUCGUGCUGUCGGACACGCCAUAAAACCUAUCAUCCAACCAGAUACAAAUCCAGACAGUAUCUCUCCAUGGCUAAUCACCUACACGUCCGAGAACCCCAUGAACCUCUCCGUUCUCGCUGGAGUCAGCGAUUUCAUCUCAGCCUCGUCUCCAGUACAAGACAUCACCAUUCGCCAUCUCAAUUUCGCAUACGGCGUCACACGCGCCAAACUCCUCGCCAUUCUCCCCGCACAGGACCCCUAUGACGCUGCCAACAAUGCCGAAAACUACGCCCUCUACGCCCUUGCGCGAUACGUCAUGCUGCGAAAGGGGUUUUACCCACGGUUGCCGAGCAUAGACGAGUUCUUUGGUAGUAAUGGGUCAGUGGAUCUGAUGGACAACGAAAGUAGAGUGAAGGACCGGGGUGAGGGGAGGUUUGCGUAUUUGGGCGGUGCAGAUGUCGUGCCACUGCGGGAUGGUGUAAGUGCGAUUGGGAACCCACUCUCUUCAGCAGCAGGAUCUGGUGUAUUCAUGCGAUGGAGAGGGAAAGCCCUGUGGGUAUGGUUAGUUGUGUGCUCUUCGAGCUUUCUGUAG